AUUAUACAACCAAAAGAAGAGGGGAGUUGGCCAUUUUGCUGUGCGGAUAGGUCAGAUUCGUACGUAGUCGAUCUCCUCUCUUCCUCCUCCUAUACAUAAUCAGCAGCAACCAAACCAAACCAAACCAGGACGCAAAAUAAACCAAGAGUACAUAGAAGAGGUCGGAGAUUGAGGGCCGAAUUAAAGAAACAGUACUUCUUCUUCUUCUUCUCCUUCAAGUCGAGUCAAGAUAUUCAUAAUUCGAAGCUAGCGUCAGAUGGUGGGUGAUAUAGGGUUUUCUUCUAUAUAACAACAGAGCAGAGAAGAGAAGAGAAGAAUUGGAAAUCAUGUGAAGGGAGGGGAGGGAAGGAAAGGAAAGGGAAUUAGAUUGGCAGAAAAAUGGGGCGAGGGAAAGUGGUGCUGAAGAGGAUAGAGAACAAGGUGAACCGGCAGGUGACUUUCUCGAAGCGGAGGAAUGGGUUGCUGAAGAAGGCCACCGAGCUCUCUGUUCUGUGCGACGCCGAGGUCGCUCUCAUCCUCUUCUCCAGCCGCGGCAAGCUCUCUGAGUUCGGCAGCUCUGGAGUCAAAAAAACCCUUCUGCGAUACAGGCAAUGCAACUACAUCAACAACAGCUCGCAAGGCGGGAACCCUUCUGCUCAUGCCGGAACACCAUUUCAGAACUUAUGCGUGGAGGUUGCCAAAUUGGACGAGAAAUGUGAAGCACUGCAACGUUCUCAUAGGCAUUUCCAAGGGGAGGAUAUUAAAACCCUGAGCGCGAAAGAGUUGCUCAAGAUCGAGAGGAAGCUGGACAGGGCUCUCUCCCGAGCUAGGCAAAAGAAGACACAAGUGCUUUUGCAAAAGCUGGAAGAACUGCGGAAAAUGGAGCAUGAUCUUGGUGAAGAGAAUAAACAGCUGCAGAUUGAGAUAAAGGAAAGGAAAUCCCAUCAAGUUGUUGAUGAAGGUGAUCAUCAUCAUGGAGCAGUUGUUGGGCCUACCAGCAGGAAGAUUAAGAUGGCCAAAGACAAGCACAAAAUGGUACAACCAGCAACAGCAGCAUAUGCAGCAGCUCCCACCAGGUUUCAGCUGGCUCCGGUUGCUCCUGAUGAUAACGAAGCUGCUGGUGGUGGAUGCAACCAUAGGACCAUGCUUGGCGUCUUCAAUAUGAUGGAUGUAUAGUUAAUUAGUAGUAAGCCGAGCAUGGCAUAUAUGCUGCUAGGCUGGCCCUGUUAAAUCAUCUGUUAAACCUAUGGGAACUAAAAUUGAAUAAUUCAGGUUCCCCAGUAGUGUUCAUGAUUUGAAAACCAAUAAUAAGCACA